AUGGCAAAGACUUUUGACACAGAAUAUUUAAUAAAACUAGUUGAGGAUAGACCUGUAAUAUGGGAUAAAACCUUGAUAACAUAUAGAGACAGAAAUUUGAGAGCUGCUGCUUGGCACGACAUUUGUAUCAACUUAAAAGAAGAUUUUGAAGACAUGGAAGAAAAGGAAAGGCAAGCGUUUGUUAAAGGAGUAGUUAAUAAAUGGAAUCAAACAAGAGAUAGCUGGUUGAGAAGCAGUAUGAAGGAAUCUGUAUCCACUGCAAAAUUUGUAAAAAGAUAUGUUUACCACAAUCAAAUGUUAUUUUUAAAAAAAGUUGUAAACCCUGCUUUAAUAAGGGAAAGUAUUAAAGAAGUUUACUUACGUACAUUCGAUGAUACAGAAAAAGAUAAAGUUAAAGAAGAAGUUGACAAUGAAACUUUUAGUAAUAAUCAAAAUGAAGAAAUCGUAAGUGAUAGUGAUACACAAGAAAAUUUUGAUGUUUGUAUUCAAAAUAAAAGGAGAAAGAGUUGUAAAAUAAUGGCUCCACAUACGGGUUCGGCUACUCCUGAACAAAUUGAUGCACUCCUCAAUUUCCUGGACGAGCAUAGGGAUCUUGCUCGCGGGAGAUUGAGGAGUCUAGAAGGAAAAGUCCAGGCGAAGAGGCUGUGGGAUGAAUUGUGCAAUAUGCUCAAUUCCAUGGGCGGUUGCACAAAGAAGUUCAGCAGUGGCAAAAGGUAUGGUUUGAUAGAAAACAUCUGGCCAAAAAAGCCGCUGCUGAUUCCCGGAGGUCGGCUUCAAUGA